AGAAGAUAGAUAUUAAGAAAUGGCAGAAAACAGGGAAGAAGAUGUGAAGCUGGGAGCGAACAAGUUCAGGGAGACACAACCGCUAGGGACGGCGGCUCAAUCGGACAAGGACUACAAGGAGCCACCGGCAGCACCGCUGUUCGAGCCGGGGGAGCUGAGCUCGUGGUCCUUCUACAGAGCCGGGAUCGCCGAGUUCGUCGCCACCUUCCUGUUCCUCUACAUCACCAUCUUGACCGUCAUGGGCGUCAAACGCUCCGACGGCCUCUGCAAAUCUGUGGGUAUUCAGGGCAUCGCUUGGUCCUUCGGCGGCAUGAUUUUUGCCCUUGUCUACUGCACCGCCGGUAUCUCAGGUCCGACACAUAAACCCGGCAGUGACGUUCGGGCUGUUCUUGGCGAGGAAACUGUCAUUGACUCGGGCGGUGUUCUACAUGGUGAUGCAGUGUCUGGGGGCAAUAUGCGGGGCGGGAGUGGUGAAAGGGUUCAUGAAGGGGCCGUACGAGCUCAACAAAGGCGGCGCGAACAUGUUGAGCUCGGGUUAUAGCAAGGGCGCUGGGCUCGGCGCGGAGAUCGUAGGCACUUUUGUCCUUGUUUACACCGUCUUCUCCGCCACCGAUGCUAAGAGAAACGCGAGGGACUCCCAUGUUCCGAUAUUGGCGCCACUUCCAAUAGGAUUUGCAGUGUUCUUGGUUCAUUUGGCGACCAUCCCGAUCACCGGAACAGGCAUAAACCCAGCCCGAAGCCUCGGAGCAGCCAUCAUCUAUAACAAGGCCGAGGCUUGGGAUGACCACUGGAUCUUUUGGGUCGGACCCUUCAUUGGAGCUUCCCUUGCUGCUCUCUACCACCAGAUCGUUAUCAGAGCCAUUCCUUUCAAGACCAGGGCUUGAUAAAUCAAAUAUUUUAAGUACCACUUAAGUUGCACUUUUUUCUUACCCUUUUCUGAGAAGGUAUGUAAUGUACUCUUAUGAUGUUGAAUGUGGAUGUAUUUUUCUGUUUUAUGUUCUCAGUUGUGUAAAUUACUACACCUUAUUUUGUAUGGACUUCUAUUUCUUGCUCCCUUCUAGUCAAAAAUUUGAUAUUAUACCUAUUGUUAUUUAGUUAUAAAUACUUUGAAUUUCAUAUUUGUAUAUAUACAUGCCACUUUGACAAAUUAGUAAGGCCUUUUGAUUGAAAGUUGAAAUGCUACUAAAUGAAAAACAACACACGCAUAUAUGACAAUUGCUCUCGCACUUUUUGGAUAACCAUUCCAUCCAAGCCAAAAAUAUGGGCGAAACCCAAAGAUAUAGCCCUUAUAGGGUUGGGAUUGGGCGAUGGAUCGGAUCGUAUGCAUGUGGAUUAGUGGAUAUAUUUCUCAACCCUCACCCGAUUCACCAUUCGACCCACCAACCACCUGUUAUUAUUAGGCCUGGACUCGGGCCGGUUCGGGCCCGGUUCGGGCCCGGUUCGGGCCUGGGCCCGGCCGGGCCUCGGGCCAGGAAAGUUGGGCCCGAUCCUGAACCGCCGGUGGGCGGUUCCGGGUCCGGUUCCGGGUCAAACCGGGCCGGGCCGGGCCUAACCGGUUCUAAUUUUUUUUUGGCUCUUUUAUUUAACCCCCAACCCCUCCCCCUCAACCCCAAACCACCCCAAACCACCUCAAAUGGCCCAAAAUACCCAAUCCAACCCAAAACUUAAAAAAAAUCAAAAAAAAAAAAAAUUAAAAACCGGCCCGAACCGGCCGGGCUGGUUCACCAAAAAGUCAAAAAUUGGGCCCGAGCCCGGACCGCCCAGCAGCCGGGUAGGGCCGAACCGAACCGGUGGACCCACCGGGCCCCGGGCCGGGCCGGGCCGCCCGACCCGAGUCCACCCCUAGUUAUUAUCAUAAGUUUCCUUAGUCUCAACAUACUAAUGUAGACAUGUAGUCAAGUAAAGUUAUACAUUUUCCUCUAAACAUACUAAGGGAGUGUUUUUGUUUGCUUAAAAAAAGCACUUUGGAGCUUUUAGAUUAAAAAAAAGCAAUUCUAAGUGUUUGGUAACCCCAACUUUGACUUAAAAAAAGUGCUUUAAAACCAAAAUCUAAAAGCUACCCUAGCCCAACUUUUAAUAGCUUCUAGGUAAAGUUGUAAAUACCCCCAACUUUAUGACUAAUGAUAAUGGCAAAUAAAUCCCCUAACCCCCCAAAAUAACCCUCAAAUAUACCAUCACAAUCACUUUUUUAUCAAACACUCCAACUUUUCCAUUUUAAUUAGAAUCACUUUUAUUCCCAAACACUACCAACUUUUACUACAAACAGUGGCGGACCCAGAAAAACAGAGUCACGGGGUCCCUAUCUAAAUGUAAUUCUAAUUAAUACUCCCUCCGUCCCUAUUAUAUCUUCCAAAUGGGUUUGGCACGGAGUUUAAGAUAGUGGGUAUUGUGUGGUGGAGAGUUGUGCAGAGGAGAGAGAAAUGUGUAAGAAUUGUUGUGAACCACAAAUUCCGGCCAAAAAAGGAAAGUGGAAGUUUUAAUUGGGACGGACGAAAAAGGAAAGUUGGAAGUUUAUUUAGGGACGGAGGGAGUAUAUAAUUAAACAAAUAAGAUGGUAAAAAAAUGCAGCAUCGAUCUUAAAAGGGACACGACAUGGUAAACAAAAUGUAGCAUGUGAAAGCCAUAUUCCCAAAACACAUCACCAACAACUUCCCACUCAUUCUUAAACAAAUAACAUGAUAAACAAAAUGCAACAUUAUAUUUUUGGCAGUAGUGUAUUUAAACCAUUAAUGUUCAUCAAACCAGCUUGAAACAAAUCUACGUCUUUUGCCGCCAAUUACCUUAAAAGGGAAAUCAUGAUCCCGAAGGUGAAAUGCCCUUUUUUGAAUCUAACUGCUGUGUACCACGUCUUGAACAUUAGGAUGACAAUCAAGAUUUUUUUUAUCAAUCUAGGAUCAACUUCUAAAGAUUCAAAAUCAACAUGUUGUUUAUGUAAAUUAUAAGCCAAAUUAGUUUCACUUUCAUCAAUUACUUGAUCUAAUUCUUUUUUUAUUAAUGACAAAUCAUUUGAAUUAACAUCUUAACUACUCCCGAUCCUCCAAAUUUUUUUAAAUGUGGGUACACUAUUAAAAUAUUUUUUCACCCUAAAUCGUAAAAUAUUGAAAAAAGAAUCAUACAUACACAAAUUUAAUAAUGAGAACAUUCUCUAAAUAGCACUAAAACAUGGAUAAAAUUCAUAAAUAUCAAAAUCAAUGUUUUAUUCCCAAAAUAGGACUCAUUCACUCCUAAUUUUGGAAAAUAUAGUCAAGUUUUUAUUUUAAUAGGACUAAAUAAAUCUCAUUUGAAAAUAAAACAUAUUUCGUCCUGUUUUUGAACUUUGUAUAUGUUUUAGUUGUAUUCUAUUUAAUAAUUUAAUCUUAAC